AUGCUGGAGAUGCUAAGUCGCCAGGUUUUGUCGAUGAGGCGCAAUGGCUUUGGGUUUGUAACUUUUGAGACAAGCACAGAUGCGGAUCGCGCACGGGAGAAACUAAACGGUACAAUCGUAGAGGGACGCAAAAUCGAGGUGAACAACGCCACGGCGAGAGUGAUGACAAACAAGAAGGUGGCCAACCCCUACACGAACGGAUGGAAGCUGAAUCCGGUGGUGGGAGCUGUCUAUGGUCCUGAACUCUACGCCGUGACGGGGUUUCCCUACCCAGCCACAGGGGCCACCGUGGCCUACAGAGGGGCCCAUUUGAGAGGCCGAGGGCGGGCCGUCUACAACACCUUCCGCACCGCGCCCCCUCCUCCACCCAUCCCCGCCUACGGAGCCGUUGUCUACCAGGACGGCUUCUAUGGCGCAGAGAUCUAUGGAGGUUAUGCAGCGUACAGAUUUGCUCAGCCCACCACCACCGCCGCCUACAGCGACAGCUGGGUGGGCUGGGGCUGGGGCUGGAGCUGGAGCUGGGCUGGAGCUGGAGCUGGAGCUGGGCUGGGGCUGGGGCUGGGGCUGGGGCUGGGGCUGGAGCUGGAGCUGGGGCUGGGGCUGGAGCUAGAGCUGGGGCUGGGGCUGGGGCUGGGGCUGGGGCUGGGGCUGGGGCUGGGGCUGGAGCGGGGGCUGGAGCUGGAGCUGGAGCUGGGGCUGGGGCUGGGGCUGGGGCUGGGGCUGGGGCUGGGGCUGGAGCUGGAGCUGGGGCUGGGGCUGGAGCUGGAGCUGGAGCUGGGGCUGGAGCUGGAGCUGGGGCUGGGGCUGGGGCUGGGGCUGGGGCUGGGGCUGGAGCUGGAGCUGGGGCUGGGGCUGGGGCUGGAGCUAGAGCUGGGGCUGGGGCUGGGGCUGGGGCUGGGGCUGGGGCUGGAGCUGGAGCUGGGGCUGGGGCUGGAGCUGGGGCUGGAGCUGGAGCUGGGGCUGGGGCUGGGGCUGGGGCUGGAGCUGGGGCUGGGGCUGGAGCUAGAGCUGGGGCUGGAGCUGGGGCUGGGGCUGGGGCUGGGGCUGGGGCUGGAGCUGGGGCUGGAGCUGGGGCUGGGGCUGGGGCUGGGGCUGGGGCUGGGGCUGGGGCUGGAGCUGAGGCUGGGGCUGGAGCUGGAGCUGGGGCUGGAGCUGGAGCUGGGGCUGGGGCUGGGGCUGGGGCUGGGGCUGGGGCUGGAGCUGAGGCUGGAGCUAGAGCUGGGGCUGGGGCUGGGGCUGGAGCUAGAGCUGGGGCUGGGGCUGGGGCUGGAGCUGGGGCUGGAGCUGGAGCUGGGGCUGGAGCUGGAGCUGGGGCUGGGGCUGGGGCUGGAGCUAGAGCUGAGGCUGGAGCUGGGGCUGGAGCUGGGGCUGGAGCUGGGGCUGGGGCUGGAGCUGGGGCUGGAGCUGGGGCUGGGGCUGGGGCUGGGGCUGGGGCUGGGGCUAGAGCUGGGGCUGGAGCUGGGGCUGGGGCUGGGGCUGGGGCUAGAGCUGGGGCUGGGGCUGGAGCUGGAGCUGGGGCUGGGGCUGGGGCUAGAGCUGGGGCUGGGGCUGGAGCUGGAGCUGGGGCUGGGGCUGGGGCUAGAGCUGGGGCUGGGGCUGGAGCUGGGGCUGGAGCUGGAGCUGGGGCUGGAGCUAGAGCUGGGGCUGGGGCUGGAGCUGGGGCUGGAGCUGGGGCUGGGGCUGGGGCUGGGGCUAGAGCUGGGGCUGGGGCUGGAGCUGGAGCUGGGGCUGGGGCUGGGGCUAGAGCUGGGGCUGGGGCUGGAGCUGGAGCUGGGGCUGGGGCUGGGGCUAGAGCUGGGGCUGGGGCUGGAGCUGGAGCUGGGGCUGGGGCUGGGGCUGGAGCUGGAGCUGGAGCUGGGGCUGGAGCUGGGGCUGGGGCUGGAGCUGGGGCUGGGGCUGGAGCUGGAGCUGGGGCUGGAGCUGGAGCUGGGGCUGGAGCUGGAGCUGGGGCUGGGGCUGGAGCUGGGGCUGGGGCUGGGGCUGGGGCUGGAGCUGGAGCUGGGUGAGCUGGGGCUGGAGCUGGAGCUGGGGCUGGAGCUGGGGCUGGAGCUGGGGCUGGGGCUGGGGCUGGAGCUGGAGCUGGAGCUGGGGCUGGAGCUGGGGCUAGAGCUGGGGCUGGGGCUGGGGCUGGGGCUGGGGCUGGAGCGGGGGCUGGAGCUGGAGCUGGAGCUGGGGCUGGGGCUGGGGCUGGGGCUGGGGCUGGGGCUGGAGCUGGGGCUGGAGCUGGAGCUGGGGCUGGGGCUGGGGCUGGGGCUGGGGCUGGAGCUGGAGCUGGAGCUGGGGCUGGGGCUGGGGCUGGGGCUGGGGCUGGGGCUGGGGCUGGGGCUGGGGCUGGGGCUGGAGCUGGAGCUGGAGCUGGGGCUGGGGCUGGAGCUGGAGCUGGGGCUGGGGCUGGGGCUGGGGCUGGAGCUGGGGCUGGAGCUGGAGCUGGGGCUGGAGCUAGAGCUGGGGCUGGGGCUGGGGCUGGAGCUGGGGCUGGAGCUGGAGCUGGGGCUGGGGCUGGGGCUAGAGCUGAGGCUGGAGCUGGGGCUGGAGCUGGGGCUGGAGCUAGAGCUGGGGCUGGAGCUGGGGCUGGGGCUGGGGCUGGAGCUGGGGCUGGAGCUGGAGCUGGAGCUGGGGCUGGGGCUGGAGCUGGGGCUGGGGCUGGGGCUGGAGCUGGAGCUGGGGCUGGAGCUGGGGCUGGAGCUGGGGCUAGAGCUGAGGCUGGGGCUGGAGCUGGGGCUGGAGCUGGGGCUGGAGCUGGGGCUGGAGCUAGAGCUGGGGCUGGAGCUGGGGCUGGAGCUGGAGCUAGAGCUGAGGCUGGGGCUGGAGCUGGGGCUGGAGCUGGGGCUGGGCUGGGGCUGGAGCUAG